GUUGGUGGACCGAGGGGCAGACAGAAAACAACUGCGCGCAGGCAACAUGACUUCAUCAGUGUGGGGACUGCUCGGUUUCAUUGGCAUCCUGGUAUCGGGAACUCUGGGAACUUUCCCCCAGUUUGGGUCACACGACCGGCAGAUUCACUCAAUUAGGCCUUUAAGCGCGUCCCCGCAAGUCCCCCCGAGGGUCAACCAGCGUUUCGGAGAUAUCAAAUCUAUUGAGCAAACCUCUGACGAAGAACCAAGUUCUGAAAGUUUUCAAGAGGUCCAGCUGGGUGAUUAUGGUGUCCGAGGCUUCCAGCAGCCGCAGCAGGGGGCCCGACCAGGUGCCAGCAGCUACCAGAAUCAGGGGAGACGGAGAACUGAGGACGGAGCUGGUGGCACUAAUUCCAGGUUUUAUCGCUAUCAGCCCCCCCAUCACCAGACGCUCUCACAGCUGCAACACACAGCUGCACCAUUUGCAUCCUGGCAGCCUGCUCGAGACUCGAGUGGCUCUCCUACAUCCAUCAGAACUGCCGCAGCAACAAGGUCUAACUGCAGAAAUCGGCCCAUAGACUUGGUCUUCAUUAUAGACAGCUCCCGCAGUGUACGACCUGCUGAGUUUGAAAAGGCCAAGGAGUUCCUGCAAGACAUGGUGGACAGCUUGGAGAUCGGCCCAGAUGCCACACGAGUCGCCUUAGUCAAUUAUGCCAGCACAGUGCAGAUUGAGUUUCUACUGAAGACAUAUUUUGACAAGUCUGGCCUGAAGCAGGCGCUGGCCCGUGUUGAGCCCCUCGCUUCAGGCACCAUGACAGGCCUGGCCAUCAAGACUGCCAUGGAGAAAGCUUUCACUGCAGAGGCAGGGUCCCGAGCUGGCUCCAUGAACAUCGCCAAAGUAGCCAUCAUAGUGACCGACGGGAGGCCCCAGGACAAGGUAGAGGAUGUAUCAGCAGCAGCUCGGUCAUCUGGGAUCGAGAUCUACGCAGUGGGAGUAGACAGAGCUGAUUUGAUGUCCCUCCGCCUCAUGGCCAGCCACCCAUAUGAUGACCAUGUCUUUUAUGUGGAGACCUAUGGUGUCAUAGAGAAGCUCACUUCCAAAUUUAGGGAAACCUUGUGUGGUAAGGAUGAUGAGAAUGCGAGUGCGGAUAUUCCAUUAGAUGGCGGAAUUGAUGUUUAUGGACUAGGCCUAGAUGGCAGAAAAAACGGUUUGGAUCCAUGUGCUCAGGGACACAAUUGCCAGCACAUUUGUGUCAACAAUGGCAACUCAUACAACUGCAAAUGUCGUGCGGGCUAUGUCUUGAACACGGACAAGAAAACAUGCUCACGUUCAGAUACAUGUUCCCAGAGACAUGACUGCCAGCACAUUUGUAUCAGCAAUGGUGACUCAUACACCUGCAAGUGUCGGGUGGGAUACGUGUUGAAUGCAGACCAGAAAACAUGCUCACGUUCUACUUCAUGUUCCCAUGGACAUGAUUGCCAGCACAUUUGUGAAAACAAUGUUGACUCGUACAUCUGCAAGUGUCGUGUGGGAUAUAAGUUAAAUGCAGACCAGAAAACAUGCUCACGUUUGGAAACAUGCGACCAGGGACAUAACUGCCAGCAUAUUUGUAUCACAAAGGGUGAUUCAUACCUUUGCAUGUGCCGUGAAGGAUAUGUGUUAAAUCCAGACCAGGAAACAUGCUCACGUUUGGAUUCAUGUUCCCAGGGACAUGACUGCCAGCAUAUUUGUGUCAGCAAUGAUAAUUCGUACAUCUGCAAAUGUCAAGUGGGAUACGUGUUGAACGCAGACCAGAAAACGUGUUCACGUUCAGAUGCAUGUGCCCAUGGACAUGACUGCCAACAUAUUUGUGUCAGCAAUAAUGACUCGUACAUCUGCACAUGUCAAGAGGGAUAUGUGUUGAAUGCAGACCAGAAAACAUGCUCACGUUUGGACUCAUGUUCCCAGGGACAUGACUGCCAGCAUAUUUGUGUCAACACUGAUCAUUCGUACAUCUGCAAAUGUCGAAUGGGAUAUGUUUUGAAUGCAGACCAGAAAACAUGCCAACUUAAGAACCUGGACAUUUCAGAAUUGGAUACGUGUGUCCAGGGAAAUGACUGCGACCAUAUUUGUGUCAAAAAUGCCGACUCUUACCUUUGUAUGUGUCACGAGGGAUAUGUGUUGAAUGCAGACCAGAAAACAUGCUCACGUUCAACUACAUGUGCCCAGGGAAAUGACUGCCAGCAUGUUUGUGUAAACACUGAUGAUUCUUACAUCUGCAAGUGUCAUUUGGGAUAUGUAUUGAAUGCUGACCAGAAAACAUGCUCACGUUCUACUUCAUGUUCCCAUGGACAUGAUUGCCAGCACAUUUGUGAAAACAAUGUUGACUCGUACAUCUGCAAGUGUCGUGUGGGAUAUAAGUUAAAUGCAGACCAGAAAACAUGCUCACGUUUGGAAACAUGCGACCAGGGACAUAACUGCCAGCAUAUUUGUAUCACAAAGGGUGAUUCAUACCUUUGCAUGUGCCGUGAAGGAUAUGUGUUAAAUCCAGACCAGGAAACAUGCUCACGUUUGGAUUCAUGUUCCCAGGGACAUGACUGCCAGCAUAUUUGUGUCAGCAAUGAUAAUUCGUACAUCUGCAAAUGUCAAGUGGGAUACGUGUUGAACGCAGACCAGAAAACGUGUUCACGUUCAGAUGCAUGUACCCAGGGACAUGACUGCCAACAUAUUUGUGUCAAAGAUGGCGAUUCUCACCUUUGCAUAUGUCAUGAGGGUUAUGUGUUGAAUGCAGACCAGAAAACAUGCUCACGUUCUGAUCCAUGUGCCCAUGGACAUGAUUGCCAGCACAUUUGUAUAAACAGUGAUGACUCGUACAUCUGCAAGUGUCGAGUGGGAUAUAUUUUGAAUCCAGACAACAAAACAUGCUCACGAUUGGAUGCAUGUGCCCAGGGACAUGAUUGCCAGCAGAUUUGUGUCAACAGUGAUGACUCGUAUCUCUGCAAGUGUCCUAUGGGAUAUGUAUUGAAUGCUGACCGGAAAACAUGCUCACGUUUGGAAGCAUGUGCCCAGGGACAUGACUGCCAGCACAUUUGUGUCAACAAUGGGAACUCCUAUAUCUGCAAGUGUCGAGUGGGAUAUGUGUUGAACAUGGAUCAGAAAACAUGCUCACGUUCAGAUGCGUGCGCUCAGGGACAUGACUGCCAGCAUAUUUGUAUCAACAAUGGUGACACCUACAACUGCAAGUGUCGAGUGGGAUACGUGUUGAAUGCAGAUCAGAAAACAUGCUCACAGGAAAUGAGAAGUGAAAUAACCCAAGAUGCCUGCAUGUGUGAAGCUCAGAUUGUGUUCCAGAAAAAAGUACAGUCAACCAUUCAGGAGCUGAGCAGAAAGCUUGAUGAACUUUCAGACAAAGUAAACCUGAUUGAGGACCAGCAGCAGUAUUAAGAACAGCGAUGAAGAUUUCAUAAGACAUGUUCAGGACUAGCAGUGCAUUUUUUUUUUUUUUGACCUGCUGAAGUCAUCUUUUAAUGUUUCAGUAAAAAUGUCUAAGAUGGUCUGCAUGGUAUUGAUUACUAAUGCAGUAUACUUUUAGCAUUACUGUUGUGGAUUGUGCAUUUUUCAUUCACAACACUGUUACGUCUUUCAGUGAAGUCAGGUAUAACUGUAUUACUGGUGUAAAUGUUUACAUAUACUUGUAUUUUUUCCUCCUAACAGUGUAAGCCAUUGAGUUGAGACUCAAACUACGUAAGAUACUUUAGGAAGUUAUAGAAUUGAUAGAAGUGCAAACUUUUAAAAAUAUAUAUGAAGAAUUGUUCAACAGUUUACUUUCACAAUGAAUGUUUUUUUGUGGGAAACUGUUGUACCACAUCGUUCUCCGAGAGCAUUUCUUGGUCAGUGUACUUGUAUUCUUGGUAGAACACAAAGCCGCCAUCCAUAACAACUAAUCUCUUAUACAACAAGAGCAUUGUUGUUACCUAUCUGAUUGCAGCACUAUUAAGUAGACCAAAAGAAAGCCUGAUCCAGUUGGUCCUAGCAGUGUUAUCUAUAAUCCUUUCCUUUGAUACCUGAAAUAUUUCAAGAACUGUAUUGCACAACACUGAUUAGAAAUUAAUGUUUUGUUUGUAACAGAUAGGUGUGAUUGUUUUGGUAGGAGAGGGAAAACAGUUUAGGGAGUUCAAGGAUGAUUGGGCCAUGAUUUUCACACUUGGCAAGGCUUGGAUCAAGACUUUCUUGUAGCAGUCCUGGCAAUUAAAGUCUUUUUUUGAUGCACUUAAGUUUUGAAACCGUGAGCUAAGAUCAGUUAAAACAGUAUUGUACAGUAUUUUCUUCAUACAACACACACAUGCACUGUAUUUUCUACUUCGUCAUAGCCAUGGAACACAUGUGAAACAAAGUGAAUUGGGUAUUUGUGGUGGGAAACUGAGUUAUGUGCAUGACAUAUUUUGGUGCUCUUGUGAUAGAAAGCAACUUGCCUGUGUAUUUGUAUUGGAAGUAUAGUUGCACAUAAAUAAAUAUUCUGAAAUAAUGGA